UUGUUGAAAGAACGCUCAGGUGGGAAAUCGAGGGCUUGUCUUCGCUAACACUCUCUCUUCGUUCCCCUUCUCUCUCUAUAUCCAGAUAUAUUUUGUCUGUAUUUGACUCGCUCUGCAAUUUUUGGCAUGGAUCUGUAAGUUGAUAGAUUCGUUUCUGAAUUUUCGGUUUCUGUCUUUAAUCUGAUGUGUUGAAUUCGAGCAAAAUCUUUGCAAUCUUUUUGGUAUGAUAAUUUAUGGUUGUGAAAUUGAGAUCCGAAAACCCUAGAUCUCGCUUGUUUUGUGCUUUAAUUACGUAAUUUAACGGUUUCUAGUCAAAUCAGUGGAUUUAAGGGGGUAUAUUGUAUUGGAUCUCGAGUUUUUGCGUCGUUGAAGCUCGAAUUUCAAGAGUAGGUUGAAAGUGGUGUAUCCUGGGUAAUUUAGGUUGAUUUCUGUGGUGAACUGCGUGGGAUCAGAGGGAUUUGUAAGUGUUAGGGUUUGCUAAAUGGCUUCGAAUCCUCCAUAUCUGCUGGAGGAUCAGACUGAUGAGGAUUUCUUUGACAAAUUGGUCAAUGAUGACGACGACGAUGAUUUCAAGGCCACCACGAUGGCAGUGCAAAAAAUUUCCGAUGGUAAUGAUUCGGAUGAGGUUAAAGCGUUUGCGAAUUUGAGUGUAAAUGAGGUUGGAAGUGGGUUUGAUGAUUCAGGGGGCGAUAGUGGGAUUGAAGCCAAAGGGGAAGGUGGAUUUGAAGCCAUUAAUGGAAAACAUAAAGGGGUGUCAGUGGAUGGGCAUGUAGAAGUGAGUAGUAGUCCAAUAGUAUCAUCAAAUUCAUUCGGGUUUACUGGUGUAACUGAAUCCAAUAAUGGGGAUGUAGAAUCGGAGAUCACUUCAGAUUCGAGGGCGAAUUCGUUUGGGUUUGAUAGUGUGAUUGAAUCCAAUAAUGUUAAUUUAGAAACAGAGGGCACAGCGGAUUCCAUGGUGAGUAAGAGUAGUGGAUCUGCAGAUUCAGGUGUUAAGGAAGUGCAAUGGAGUGCGUUUAAUGCUGAUGUGACGCAGAAUGAUGGUAGUGGGUUUGGUUCAUACUCGGAUUUUUUUAGUGGAUUGGGAGAUAGUGGCGUGGAUUCGAUUGGCAAUGUAGCGAACAAUUUGAAUAGUGAGCCGAAGAUUGUAUCAGGCAGUGAAGUACAUGAAUCUGCUUCUUUAGAGAAUUCAAAUAAUUAUGGGCAAUACCAAGGUGGUUACACCCAUGAAGCAGCCAUAGAACAGGCUUCAGAUGGACAGGUUUUGGAUAGCAAUCAGUAUUGGGAGAAUCUCUACCCUGGCUGGAAGUAUGAUCAGAAUACUGGGCAAUGGUAUCAGGUGGAUGGCUAUGAUGUGAAUGCAACACUACAAGGAGGGGCUGAAUCCAAUUCAGUUGCAGAUUGGAGUGUUUUUGAUGGGAAAUCAGAGGUUUCUUAUUUGCUGCAAAGUUCUCAGUCUGUUGUGGGGGCAGUUGCUGGGAGUGGCACCACUGAGAGAGUCACUAAUUGGAAUCAGGUUUCGCAUGCCAGUGACAACACCCAGUUGGUGACGGAUUGGAAUCAGGUUUCACAAGCGAGUGACACUGCAGGAACCGCAUCAAAUUGGAGUCAGCUUUCACAAGAGAAUAAUGGUUACCCGUCGCACAUGGUGUUUGAUCCUCAAUAUCCUGGUUGGUAUUAUGAUUCAAUUGCCCAAGAAUGGCGCAGCCUGGACACAUACACUUCAUCAACUCAAUCAACUGUCGACCUACUGAAUCAAAAUGGAUUUGCAUCAACUGGUACUUUUUCUCAUGGAAACCAUCAGAAAACUUUCAGUGAGUAUGGGCAUGUUGAUACCCAUGGGUCGGUGGGCUUUGGUAGCCAAGGCCAAGAUUACAAUUGGGAUGCGUCAUUUAGUAAUUACAAUCAGCAGGGGUCAACUAUGUGGCAACCUGAGACUAUUGCCAAGAACGAGGCUACUUCGAAAUUCAGUACAAAGCAACAAUUAGAGAAUAAUUAUGGCACCAAUUUUUCUGUAGGCAACCAUGUUACUCAACAGAAAUAUCAUGAUUAUGGGGGAGUAGUUCCAUCAUAUGAUAAAGGUAAUCAGGGGUACGAUGACUUUUCAACAUUUGGUGGAUCACGUGGUUUUGUUCCUGGUGGGCACCUCAGUCAUCAGAUUAAUCAGCCAAGUGUUGAGGAAAAAGAGCACACGCAUGUCUCUAAUGAUUACUAUGGCAAUCAGAAUUCCGUACAAUUUGCACAGCAACCAUUUCAGAGUGGUCAUCAGUUUUCUUAUGCUCCUGCUGUGGGAAGGUCAUCUGCAGGCCGCCCUUCACAUGCUUUGGUUACAUUUGGUUUUGGUGGAAAACUUAUUGUGAUGAAAGAUAAUAGUUCUCUUACAAACUCAUCCUAUGGUAGCCAGGACCUUGUAGGAGGCUCGAUAUCUGUUCUCAACCUGACGGAAGUUGUUGCUGAAAAGGUUGAUGCCUCAAUCAUGGGAGCAGGUGUCUGUGAUUACUUCCGCAUUCUCUGCCGGCAAUCAUUUCCUGGUCCACUGGCUGGUGGGAAUGUGGGUAAUAAAGAGUUGAACAAAUGGAUUGAUGAGAGGAUUGCAAACUGUGAAUCUCCUGAUGUGGAUUACAGACAAGGUGAAGUUUUGAAGCUGCUUCUUUCAUUGCUGAAAAUUGCUUGUCAGCAUUAUGGAAAACUUCGUUCUCCUUUUGGAACUGACACCACACUGAAGGAAAGUGAUUCUCCAGAAUCAGCAGUUGCUAGACUUUUUGCAUCUGCCAAGAGGAAUGGUGCAGAACUGAGGGAAUACGGUGCUCUUGCCCGCUGCUUGCAGAAAUUGCCUUCUGAAGGACAAAUGCGGGCUACUGCUGCUGAGGUUCAGAGUCUUCUAGUUUCUGGUAGAAAGAAAGAGGCUUUACAGUGUGCACAAGAAGGUCAGUUGUGGGGGCCCGCCCUUGUUCUUGGUGCACAACUUGGCGAUCAGUUCUAUGUUGAAACUGUCAAGCAAAUGGCACUUCACCAGCUAGUAUCAGGGUCUCCUUUGCGGACAUUGUGCCUAUUAAUUGCUGGUCAACCAGCUGAUGUAUUUUCUACAGACACUGCAGCUGAUAGUGGCAUUCCUGGUGUUGUAAAUAUGUCUCAACAGCCCGCACAGUUCGGUGCCAAUGGUAUGCUUGAUGACUGGGAAGAGAAUUUGGCCGUGAUAACUGCGAACAGGACAAAAGAUGAUGAGCUUGUGCUUAUUCAUCUUGGAGAUUGCUUGUGGAAAGAAAGAAGUGAUAUUAUUGCCGCGCACAUUUGCUAUUUAGUUGCAGAAGCAAAUUUCGAGCCAUAUUCAAACAGCGCAAGAAUGUGCCUUGUUGGUGCAGAUCACUGGAAAUUCCCACGAACGUAUGCUAGCCCAGAGGCUAUUCAGAGGACAGAGAUGUAUGAAUACUCAAAGGUGCUUGGCAACUCACAGUUUACCCUACAACCGUUUCAGCCAUAUAAGCUACUAUAUGCACACAUGUUGGCUGAAGUGGGAAGGAUAUCGGAUUCGUUGAAGUACUGUCAGGUGGUAUUGAAGUCUUUGAAAACUGGUCGAACCCCCGAGGUAGAAACGCUGAGACAAUUAGUGUCAUCUCUUGAAGAGAGAAUAAAAGCUCACCAACAGGGUGGAUUCUCCACGAACUUGGCUCCUGCAAAACUGGUCGGAAAAUUGCUCAACCUUUUUGAUAGUACUGCCCAUCGCGUUGUUGGAGGCUUGCCACCACCUGUGCCAUCAACAUCUGUUGGCAGUGUACAAGCUAAUGAUCACCAUCACCAAUCAAUGGGACCUAGAGUAUCGACUAGCCAAUCAACUAUGGCAAUGUCAUCAUUAAUACCCUCAACAUCUGUGGAGCCUAUAAGUGAAGUAUCAUCUGAGGGUAAUAGGCGGGCUAAGCAUAACAGAAGUGUUUCAGAACCAGACUUUGGAAGAAGUCCCAGACAGGUUGAUUCAUCAAAUGAAGCGAACUCUGCUAAUGCACAAGGCAAAACAUCAGUUUCAGGGGGGACAUCCCGCCUUGGUCGUUUCAGAUUUGGUUCCCAGAUCUUUCAGAAGACCAUGGGGUUAGUCUUAAAGCCACGUCAGGACCGGCAGGCAAAGUUGGGUGAAACGAAUAAAUUUUACUAUGAUGAGAAACUUAAGAGAUGGGUAGAAGAAGGCGCUGUACCCCCAGCUGAGGAAACAGCUCUUCCACCGCCACCAACUGCUGCAGCCUUCCAGAACGGAACCUCAGAUUACAACUUGAAGAGUGCAAUAAACAGUGAAGUGUCUCUUGGAAAUGGAAGCCCAGAAUUUAGAAGCCCAACACCUCAAGAACAUAGUUCUGGAAUCCCACCACUUCCACCCACCUCAAACCAAUUCUCAGCACGUGGACGGAUGGGUGUUCGGUCAAGGUAUGUUGACACCUUCAACCAAGGUGGUGGGAACUCAGCAAAUUUGUUCCAGUCACCCUCUGUUCCUUUCAAUAAACCCUCUACCGGUGCCAAUCCAAAGUUUUUCAUUCCCACACCAGCAUCCUCUGCCGAACAGGCAGUCGAUUCUACUGCAGAUAGCAAGCAAGAAACUGCAGUUAUCGAUGAAUCAGUUUCCUCCAUGAACAACUCAUUCCUGUGUCCUGCACCUUCCUCAUCGAUGGCUAUGCAAAGGUUUGCAAGCCUGGACGACAUCUCAAACAAGGGCAUCCGUAGUAAUGGCUCCCUUCCACCUGCAUCCCGGCGAACAGCAUCCUGGAGUGGAAGCUUUGGUGAUGCUUUUAGUCCUCCGAGUAGGGCUGAAUUAAAACCUCUAGGGGAGGUAUUGGGUAUGCCCCCAUCGUCUUUUAUGUCUAGUGGCCCUUCUUUAACACACUCAUCAGUGAAUGGUGGCAGUUUUGGGGAUGACCUUCAUGAAGUGGAACUUUGAGGUAAUGAGGAUGUAAAUAUCAAGUUUUGCUUCUCAUAAUUUCCCAUUGCUCGACCAGGUCCUGCUCUAAAUCUCCCAAUGCAAAGGGCAUUAAGCAGUGGAAUUGUGUUCAAAGGAGGUCACAAAAUGUUUUUUUUUUUUUUUUUUCUUUCAUUUUUUUUCAAGUUGUAUGUUGAAAAGUAAUUGGCUUACCUAGUUGUUUACUGUACCUUUCUUUAGAAAUAGGCUUUUAUAUUUCUUAACGUUGACACCAUCUGAUGCUUGGAGGAGCUGGUGUUCUUACAAUAUAGCAGACAAAGUGUUCAAGGGCAACACUGUACAGUUCAUUUGUUCAUUUAUUGAAGAAAGGAAGGUCCGACCGUCCUUCGAAGAAGUCAAAUAAAACACUUUGGAAGGACUUCUUGAUGGGAAAAUGACAGUGUAUUAAGUUGGAGAAUAAGAGGAUAUUUAUGUUUGUUCUUUCGGGGAGGUGCAACUAUAUGGCUACUGUUUUGAGUGGUUAUGUGCUUCAUUUUACUUUUUUGGAUUUCCAGAAGCCUUAUUAAAGUGAAAUGUGUUUGGGUAUUUUGCAGAAAGAGAUUGCUGAUGUAGUGAACCAGGUGGGAUUGGUUGGAGAGAGAAUUUUACUGUCUUAGUCGAAUAACUAGUUCUAUUCUGCCCUUAUUUUUGUUUGAAUAAUC